AUCCUACACCAACCUCAAAAAACAAUUUUUUUCUGUUUUAAAACAUAAAAAGCGCCUUUUUUUAGUUUUUGUGUCUUUUCUAAUUCCUUUUCGUACAGAUCAAUAGUAGUAAUCCCAUUAAUCCGGUUUCGAAUUUCAAAAUCGAAAAAAAAAGGUAAUUUUUUAAAGAACUUUGAAAGCAAAUACCUUGUUUUGUGGAAUAUCCAAAAAUCCUCUUAAGAAGCGAAAGCAGAGAUAGAAGAGAAAUAGAUGCUUUGAUCCAUUGAUUUUUGUUGUCAUGGCUGGAACAUGGUUGGUGGAUGGUAACAGGAUUGCAACAAAAAUCAGGAGUGCAUCUGAUCCUGAAAGGGUGACAUGGAAAAGCAACCCAACCAGAUCUUGUCCUAAUUGCCAUCAUAUUAUUGACAACAGUGAUGUCAAUCAAGCAUGGCCAGGAUUACCACAAGGUGUCAAAUUUGAUCCAUCUGAUCAGGAGAUCAUAUGGCAUUUACUUACAAAAGCUGGUGUGGAAGAUUCAAAACCCCAUCCGUUCAUUAAUGAGUUCAUUCCAACCAUUGAAAAUGAUGACGGAAUCUGUUAUGCACAUCCCCAAAAAUUACCAGGUGUUAAGCAAGAUGGAAAUGUGUCACAUUUCUUUCAUCGAGCUGUCAAAGCUUACAAUACAGGAACUCGGAAGCGCCGAAAAAUCCAUGGUGAUGAUUUUGGUGAUGUCCGCUGGCACAAGACUGGUAGGACAAAACCAGUCUUGUUGGAUGGUGUUCAAAGAGGAUGCAAGAAGAUUAUGGUUCUCUAUAUGACCAUGCUCAAAGGUGGAAAACCUGAGAAGACAAAUUGGGUGAUGCACCAAUAUCAUCUAGGAAUCGAGGAGGAUGAAAAAGAUGGGGAGUAUGUUAUUUCUAAAAUAUUUCAUCAGCAGCAACAAACCAAACAGGCUGAUAAAACUGAGCAAGAUUUACCUGAAAUGACUGAUAGAAUGAUUGUUAAAGUAGAUCCAGUCACUCCCAAGUCUGUGACACCUGAUCCUCCACGUACAGGGAGGCAAUGUCAUGAACAUGACCAAGGACAUGAGUAUACCAUUACUUGCGUCAAUCCCUCUGCUCAGGUUUAUUCACCAAAACAUCCUACAAUGCUGUAUGUAGAAGAUGAAGUUCAAACUGAAUGGGAAAAUUCCAGUCACAAUGAUCUACCUGAACCAGAAAAUCAUCUUAAUCAGAUGUUAGAUAACAAUAAUGAUAAUCAUGCUGAGGAAGACCCAAAAUGGUGGGAUGGUGAGUCACAGUAUUUGUUGGAUUCACAACAGCUUGUGGAAGGGCUGUCUCUUUGCGAUGAGCUGCUUCAGAGCCAGUCACCAAAUAGGGAUGCUAAUGGUAAGGAUGGAGCACUGGACUGCAAACCCCGUCUUUCUGAUUAUGCUCAGUUAGGAGCAGAACAUCUUAAGAAGGAUUUGGAGGAGUGUCAAAACCUGGAAGAUGAUCCAACAAACAUAGAGCUUGAUACACCACCAGAGUUCCGCCUGAGUCAGCUUGAAUUUGAAUCACAAGAUAGCUUUAUUGCUUGGGGCGGCAGCAAGGUGAUCGACUAAAUAUGUUUGUGGUGGAUCAUGAAGGAGAAAGUAUUUAGUAAAGUAUUUUGUUAAAACUUUGCCUGAUUCAAUGAUCAACACUUUUGGUCUAUGUCAACUGUAAAUUUUGGUGGGAAGCUCGAUCUAUGUUUAAUGAUAGUAAAGAUACUGUUGGCAUUUGACCUGGCGGAGUUGCUGUUUGUACAACUACUGUAACCCAUGUGUUCAGCAAUGGUAGAAAUGAAGCUUUGUGAAGAGGGUACUGUAGAUGGUGUGAAGCAAAACGCACAAUAUUUUGUAAGCUUCUUCUUAAUUAAUAUGGCAUUGUUGUUUGCAGUGGUUGAGAGAGUUGAUGCUUGUAACGCAACACAUGAGAGUUAUCAAAGACUUUUUUGCUUCUAUAUUUGCCAAUGUUGGGUCAUCGACAAAAUGAGGCAUGUUAAACGUUGUUCUCAUCUCUACAAAAUUAAUUAUAGAUUUAACUAUUUCAUGCCUAAACUUGCCUUAAGACUGUACUAGUAUAAAUAUGGAUUUGUUAUAUCAUACUAAUCUGAUGGGGAAUGUUUGGCAAUAAUAUAGUUUGU